AAAGAUGGGAUUUAGUGCGUGUAUUCCACUAAUAGUUUAUACUUGGAUCAAUAUUCUCUACCAUGCUUCAUGUUAUAAUCAGCUUGUAAGACCCGGAUAUACCAUGGCACAAAGUAGUUCUGCUGCUUUUGAAGGACACCCAAACAAGACAGUAGAUGGGGAUUUUAGACAAAGUUCAUACAUACACUGCAUGCAUACCGCUGUCGGACACACAGAGGCGUGGCUUAUGAUUAAUCUUAGGAAGGUCUACAAUAUCAAUUCUGUCAAGUUCUGGUAUAGAAAUGACUCCAGAAUACCAGGAUAUAAUACAAGAAGAAUAAAAAGGUUUAGUAUCCGCAUCUCGAACACAACCCACACUCAUCAUCAGAACAUUUGUUACCAGGAUGAUGGAAAUACAUUUCUGCCACCAAUUAUAGAGAAGGAAUGUAAAGGGGCAGCCCAGUACGUAUGGAUUUACACAAACAAAACGUUUAUUGAUGGAGCAUAUCUGGAAAUAUGUGAGGUGCAGGUAUACGGAUGUUCAUACCAGGACAGUGAUGGAAAUUGCUCUCUUUGCAACCAGUGUAAGAAUGACUGCAACAUAGCUGGAGAGUGUGAUGAAAUGGGUUGUAGAUUGGAUGGGUAUGUCCUUCCAAGUUGUAAAAAAUGCAAAAAUGGUAGAUAUGGUCAUGACUGUGAUUUUGUCUGUGGACAUUGUGCCAGUAAUGCAGUGUGUGAUCACGUGACAGGAUCCUGUCCUGAUAGAAAUUGUGCACCUGGAUGGGAAAACACAGAAGACUGGAAAUGUGAUAAAGCAUGUAAGGAAGGUAUGUACGGAAAGGAUUGUAGUCGUCCUUGCGGGUAUUGUCUAAACAACGCAACGUGUAACCACGUGAAUGGUUCCUGUCCUAAGGGGUACUGUGAAGUAGGAUGGAAACAUACACGUGAAAAAAGAUGUGAUCAAGAAUGUGAAUACGGUACCUUUGGAUACUACUGUGAAAGCGUGUGUAGUGGUCACUGUGCAGAAGGAUUUCCAUGCAACAAAGUCGACGGUAUUUGUCGAGAAGGUUGUGCAGAUGGAUGGAUAAAUCCUCACUGCAAUGAAAAAUGUAAUAUGGGGUUUUAUGGCAAAAAUUGCCAGGAAAAGUGUGGUCACUGUAGGGGUACUGAGACCUGUCAUCACAUCAAGGGAUCCUGUCCCGGAUUAUGUGAACCUGGAUAUCAGGGAGAAAAUUGCAAAAGAGAAUGUAAUAUGGGGUUUUAUGGUAAAAAUUGCCAGGAAAAGUGUGCUCACUGUAGGGGUGCUGAGACCUGUCAUCACAUCAAGGGAUCCUGUCCCGGAUUAUGUGAACCUGGAUAUCAGGGAGAAAAUUGCAAAAGAGCCUGCAAUCCCGGAUGGUAUGGCAGAGGAUGUCGGGACCGUUGCAGUCACUGUGGCGGUAAUGAGACUUGUCAUCAUGUCAACGGAUCCUGUCUUGGAUUAUGUCAGCCUGGGUAUCAGCAAGAGAAAUGCAACGAGCCCUGCAAUGCUGGUUGGUAUGGAAGAGAAUGUAAGGAACGAUGUGGGUACUGUAGAGGUAACAAACCGUGUCAUCACGUGACCGGAUCCUGUUUAGGAUUAUGUGAACCUGGAUACUCUGAAGAAAAAUGUGUGUUUUCACAACACCUCGCAAAUCAGGGGAAAAUAAUUAAAUUGAUAAGCGAAUUAGUUGCUUAUAAAAGACGCAAAGCUGAACUGAGAGAAAAUGGCACGUCUCCAACUGAUUUCAAAUAAGAGACAAAUUCUUCGAAACGGAAACCCUUGACUUAUACUUAUUCACAUGGAAAGGAUUAACCAUCUACUGUAAACCAACUAGUAUUUGUGACAUACUUUAUUUGCGAUUUUUCAGUUUUGUAUCCAUCCGCGACUGCUAAAUUUUGCGGUCGAGGAAACAUUCUACAUAGUCCAUAGGUGUAUAAUUGGUUCCUGAGAUAUCCGCAAGAAGUAGGUUGCAAAACUCGCGGAUAUUUCUCGCUCGCGAAUAAAAAGUGGUUUACAUUA